UCACGGUGCCGCGUUCCAGCAGUGCCGUCAUGCCAUCCAUCCUUCCAUUCACACGCUCUGUUUGUGCUGUGCCGUGCGUCCGUCCCUGCGUGUGUGCUUUAACCAUCGAAUAUCCCGACUUAUAAACAUGUUUAUGCGCCAACUGCCUACCCGUACUUGUUACAUCAUCCUCCUCCCAUGUCGGUCGGAGAGGAUCCAGCCAUCAAUCGAACCUCUCGUUCCACGCUCCAACACAAGCCUUCCCACCUACCGCAUCGCCAUCACAGAUAAGCAUUUGUCCCGCAGAUUUCAUCUAUUUCCAUAUCGUCCAUAUGUAUCCAUCUUCAGCCGGGUAUAUAAUUUUAGCAAUCACUUUCAGCCCUAAACCAAACCGUGAUUGGAUUGCCACGCCAAUGCCAUGCCGCACCCUUAUCGAUACGUCGCCGCCCAAAAAAUAUGCCUUGCCCCCGUCCAUGUAUGCCUUCAUCCAAACUCUUUUUGUGCGGUGGCGACGCUGAUAACCCUGCUGUGCAUGUUGCAACCACCGUUUUUCGCUUCAAUCCCAAAGCCUGUUGCUGCUCCUUUGCUGGUGCCGCGCGGCGCACACGGCAUGCCCACGUCAGGCAAUCGACAUGUCCUUCAUGGGAAUCGAUGCUUCACAACUUGAACGUAAUGCCAAAGACAUGGUUUUGUUGGUGUGAUAUUUACAUUCAUCGUACUAAAGUAACCAUGGUUGGUAUCGUGAAACAUACAACAUAG